AUGUUUUAUACGCAAGUUUUGAGAUCCGCUGCAGCAGCAGGACGCUCUGCGAAGGCUGGCCGCAUUGGCGAGUCGUGGGCGAUGCUGGAGACGAAGAGAUUAGUGCCAACUCUGUUGGGCUGGGGUGGCUUCUGUGGUGCAGUAUUGGGUUGGCCCUAUGCCAUUAAGUAUAUUGCAGAACGCAACCGUUAG